UGAUUCGCUGUUGAUGUUGUGUAGAAGCUUUAGUUAUGGUUCUGACUUCGUAGUCGAAAGGUGUAACGCCAACGCUCUUGGUCGGUAUCACUUAUCUAAAUUUCAGAUUACAUGUGUAAUUGGCAUCUUAAGAAUUAUGUAAGAUGGAAGUCUCAAACUGUUUUAGCUGGACUCUAAGCAGCAAGCAAUAUCCAUACUGCUACCAAUGGAUUUUUAGAAACAAAUUAGUCAUUGUUUAUAACUCAGUGAAGUAUUGAUAAGUUGGAAAAUCAUGUGAUGAAACAGGACAAGUGAUUUGGAAUUUUUUUUUUUAAGCUGCACAUUGUGAACUGGCGAUGAAUGAAAGAGAUGUGAUUUAAUGGUAAAGUCUAUCCUUAAUGGGCAUGUUAUUGUCAAUAACUCUACCUUAUUCGUACCUUGCAUCAUUGUGCCUUAUCUCGAGUGGGCAACUAAACAUACCGUCGGGAAUAAUGAUUAGUGUAAGUUGUCCUUUUCUGUUGCCUACUUGAUUUCUCUCCUAGAGAGUUCGUGAAGGGAUGAAAGAAUUUGUCCUGCAGCGGUGGUGAUUCAUUACUGUGAUAGAAAUCAAGCAUUCCAGGGUACAACCUAUACAUUCCAAAAUAGUGGUAAGUCUAGUCUGUCGUCAGUCACGCAACAAAAAGUGUCACAAUGGAUCACAGUGAGCUCAUAGCCGAAAUGGCUUACAUCGAAAAGCUGUCGACUCAAGAGCGGCUGAAGCUGGCGAGGAGGAGACGUAUGCAGCAGAUGAAGAAGUACACUCAGAAGGAGAAAGAAGUAGCUGGGUCCAAAAAAGAAAAGACAGCACAAAAUGAAGCUCAAAAAAGAAGACGGGAGAAUGGCAAGAAAGUUUGCUUCAUCAGCAACGUCAUGUUGUUGGAAGCUGCGGCGCGCAACGAUAUUGAUGAAGUUAAAGCACUUUUGGAAAGCAAUGUAGAUCCAGACUCCACAAAUGAGGAUGGCCUGACUGCCUUGCAUCAAUGUUGCAUUGAUGAUUCAGAAGAAAUGAUGAAAUUAUUAGUCUUUCAUGGGGCUGACGUUAAUGCGCAAGACUCAGAAAAAUGGACGCCUCUUCAUGCUGCAGCAACCUGUGGGCAUCUUCAUCUAGCAAAAUUUUUAAUUGCAAAAGGUGCCAAUCUUCUUGCUGUAAAUGCUGAUGGAAAUAUGCCAUAUGAUAUAUGUGAAGAUGAUGCCACCCUGGAUUACAUUGAAGGUGAGAUGGCGCGUCGAGGUGUUACUCAGAAGCUUAUAGAUGAGACACGCUCUGCCACAGAAAACUGUAUGCUGGAAGACCUGAAACAAAUCAAAGCAGAGGGACACAGCUUAAUGCUGCGAGAUCAUCAAGGAGCAACACCACUUCACAUAGCUGCAGCCAAUGGGUAUGUUAAGGUUGUGGAGUACCUCUUAAGCCAGAAUGUACCUACAGAAGUGAGGGAUCACGAUGACUGGUCACCUCUACAUGCAGCAGCAUGCUGGGGACAUCCGGAUGUUCUGGAAUUAUUAGUACAAAAUGGAGCCAAUCUUCAUGCUCGUACAAAAAAUCAGGAGACUCCUUAUGAUAUAUGUGAAGAUGCUGAACUCCGAGAGAGGAUUAUGCAGUUGAUUAAUGAACAAGAAACUAAACGUCUUCACGACCAAACCAGAAAGGUUCGACGAGCACAUUCCAACACACGAACUCAGUCUGUCAGACGAACAUCAAUUCGUGAAAAGACACUCACGCCAAAGAAAGAAGCACAGGAGGAAGCAAGAAUCCGCCUUCAAUUAGAAAGCAAGAAAAAACCUCGGCAGGAGGAUUCACCGUCUUUAGGAAGUUUGCGACCUAUGAAGGAGCCUGAUGAACCUUCUUCAUUCACAACAUUCCCUGCAGUCAUUCCAGAAAAUAAUAUGAAUACAACUAGUGCCAAGGAUAACCUAUUAAUGGAAGAGGAGGAAGAAGAGCUCAAAAAAGAGGAGAAUGAGAAAAAGGAAGAAGAGCGAGAACACACUAUAACGGAAGAAGAGGAAGAAAACCAAGCCUUGUUUUCAGAUUUUGAAAAUAUGAGAGGGAUAGUAGUUCAAAAGAAUGAUAUCCAUGCUGCUUCUCCAGAUAUACUCAGUGAUGCAGUUAUCAAGACAGACAAAAAUUUAAUUGCCAGAUCCAGUAGCAAUAGUAGCUUGUGUCGAAGCAGUGGAUUUCGCAUACCAAGUAGUAGUAUGGUGGAGAAAGUAGAGCCCCAGCCAUCUACACCACCCAUUCCUCCUCCUCGUAGCUCCUCUGCUGCCAAGUCAGAUGUUGUAUCAACAAGUAAUUCAGGGGGAAGUGGAAUGAUUACUCACAGUGGAGAAGGAGGAAGCAAGAUUGACAUUCAUGUGACUGUGACAGUUAAUCCAUUUUCUCCAGGUACCUUAGCAGACCUAAAGAAACAGCGUGCUAUGUCCAGAGCUUCACAGAGCUCAUAUACACUUGCCCCUGCCUCUAGUACUUAUUCCUUAAAUACUUCAGACUAUGAUCCUCGACCUCAUGGUAGAAAUCCAGAGUUUACAUCUUCGUCUGUUAGAGUGGAUACUGUAGCUUUUAGACCUCCAGCAUCUCCAUCACUUACACCUCGAAAAUACUGUGGAGAUCCAGCAGAAGUGAUAGGAGGAGUAGACAGUCAGUCUUGUUGCUGUACAAUGUAAAGAUCUGAAUCAUAAAUUCCAUUUCUGAUCUCUUAUAGGGAUAUUGAAAAAAAAAAAAUCAUAUUUUAACAGUAAUAUUUACAAAAUGGAGUCAAGUGAUCAGAUUUGAAUAAGUGCAAUUAAUGCAAGUCCCUGCUUCAAAGCUCGGAUAAAAAAAGUUUAAUAUUUACUUAAUUGAUCUUCAUGUAUAGCCAUGGUUUGAAUGUAAAUAUAGUUAGAACAUUUAACAUGAUACUGUUGAUUUAACUUGCAAUACUGUAGCCUAGCUCUGUGAAACUUGUAAAUAAUAUGUAAGAUUAUUAUUGUUAUAUUUGUUUAGGUUGUGAAUUAACCAUUGUUAACGAAUCAUGUUAUAGCGUUUUUAUUUUAUAAGCAAUAGCUCAUUCUUAUA